GAGCCGGAACAGCGCGAAGAGGGCGCCCAGCGCCGCCUUGAGCAGCCACGUCUGGGCCCGUUCCAGGCGGGUCGAGGCCAUGAUUCCACCGCCGUCCUGAGUGUCUCCGCCGCGGCCGCUCCCGGAGCACCGCGUACGCCGUUGCAUAUUGGCAGGCUCCAGGGUUAACGGAGCAGGAAUGCCAGAUUACCAACCGGGCAGCCCAGUCGACAACACUCCUCAAAAGGUUCCACUGCAUUUGAGUUUUGGGGGGGCCCCUCCGUCCAAUUGUGCUGGAUUGUUGAAGGGAUCCUGGGCAUAUUGAGGCCUGCCAUGUCAAGUCAUCAUCAUCAUCAUCUUUUACAUCGUCCAAAGUCAGAUUUGAAAAGAAUAACUGGAUGAUAAGUGGAAGGCUGUGUAAAGGUCUGCAGGCACUGAUAGGUUGGCUGUAGUGGAUGCAUGCUGUAGUAGCCCCCCAUCGUGACGGGGAGGGGGUUUGGACACCGUGCAGGCGGCGCGCAAAGAUGAUGAAUUGGUGAAAUAAAGAAGCCCGUCGGUAACCGGACGCCCGCAGCAGCUGAUCCCGGUCCGGGGGGGGGGGGGGGGGGGGGGGGGGCUCGUCACGCCGGCACAUGUGCAGGUUGUGAUUCUGCAGGAGGCGAAGCGUCAAUAGGCUGCGGCGCCAGUGAGGCAGCUCCGUGCGCACUGGAAAGCCCAGAAUUCAAUUGGUGGAACCAGGAGGGGAGCCCCGGCCUUCUCCCAGCGCAGGAGGAGCAGCAGAGUCCGAGGCAAACCGAGAGAGGACGAGCGGAAGAGAGCUGCCAAGGCGGCGGCGGCAGAGUGCGCAGUUCAGAGAGGAAGCGGCGCCGCGCGGCAUGAGGGACUUCACCCAAACUGCGCACUGACUCCGCAGCAGCGCGCACCGCUGCGGCUGCGUAGUCCGACACCGAGCCGCUCCGAGCCUGUUCCGGGACACACUGCGGGGAUUUGACAGCCCUUGCCCGGGUCGGUGCUGCCACAGCUGCGGCGCUCAGCGCCCCCCCCCCCCCGAGGGGAGACCUCGCGCCGUGGCCUUGCCGGCGGACAUGGGAAAUGUAAACAGCGGUCGGACUGGAUUUUAAACUACGCACACAUCCCACGUCCUGCUCCCCCCCCCCCCCCCCCCUCCUCCUCCUCCUCCUCCUCCUCCUCCUCCCGGGCCGCCCGAGAUGGAGUUGGAGACGGGGGUCGAGCCGAAGCCGGAGGGAGCCGCGGAGCCGCCCAUGCACAGCGUCCACGGGGGCAACCGGAUCCGGCCGUCGUCCUACCGGGCGCUGCGCAGCGCCGUGUCCAGCCUGGCCCGCCUCGACGACUUCAGCUGCGAGAAGAUCGGCGCCGGGUUCUUCUCCGAGGUGUUCAAGGUGCAACAUCGUGUGUCCGGCCAGGUGAUGGCCCUGAAGAUGAACAUCCUGGCCAGCAACAGAGCCAACAUGCUCAGGGAGGUGCAGCUCAUGAACCGACUGUCCCACCCCAACAUACUCAGGUUUAUCGGAGUGUGCGUCCACGAGGGGCAGCUCCACGCUCUCACAGAGUACAUCAACGGUGGGAACCUGGAGCAGCUGUUGGGCAGCGACGUGUACCUGUCCUGGAGCGUGCGGCUCCGCCUGGCUCUGGACAUCGCCCGCGGGCUGCAGUAUCUGCACAGCAAGGGCAUCUUCCACAGGGACCUCACCUCCAAGAACUGCCUGGUGCGCUGGGAGGGCAGCGUGUGCUCGGCCGUGGUGGGAGACUUUGGCCUGGCGGAGAAAAUCCCAGAUUACAGUGAGGAUGAAGACCAGGAGCCCCUGGCGGUCGUCGGCUCCCCCUACUGGAUGGCCCCGGAGGUGCUCCAUGGGGAAGUGUACAAUGAAAAGGUGGACGUGUUUGCGUACGGGAUCAUCCUGUGUGAGGUCAUCGCAAGGAUACAGGCCGACCCUGACUUCCUGCCACGCACUGAGGACUUUGGUCUGGAUGUGGAGGCCUUCCAGCAGAUGGUGGGCGACUGUCCGUCAGACUUCCUCGAACUGGCCGUUUCCUGCUGUAAUAUGAAAGCAAAGGUCCGUCCGUCCUUUUCCCAAAUCGUGGCAGAGCUGGAGAGGAGACAGGCCGAGAGGAAGCUGAGGGACGAGCUGACGGCGAAGCCCGUCUCUCCAGCGAUUGGCCCCCUGCGAAGGCGUUCCCUCUUCCUGUUGUCAGAUCCCCGCCUGUCGCGCAGCAAAUCCGACAUGCUUCACCCCCCGGACACGCCCCCCUCCGUAAACCUGGCGACUCCCGCCCGCAUCAACCCCUUCUCGCAAAGGGAGGACCUCAAAGGCGGCAAGAUCAAGCUGUACGACACUCCCAGCAAGUCGGUCAUCUCGCUGACCUUCGCGCUGCCGCCGCCGCCCGACUGCGACGAGCCCUCCGAGUCCGAAGCCGACGGCGUCGACUGGCCCCGGAGGCACCGGCGCUGCCACUCGCUGCCCUGCACGCCGCCGCCUCACCUCACAAUGGCGCCGAACACCGUCCUCACCGAGGAGGAGACGUCGCCGCCUGAGGGGAAAGGCGGGGAGAGCGUGGAGAGCGGACUGCUGGGAGAAGGGAAGGAGACGAGCGGGACUCACCAGGCGGGUGACUCGGGUCUCCCUCUGUCCCUCGAGCGCCUGUCGCUGGACCAAGAGGAGGGGGAGGAGCCCAUGGACUGCGCCAGCUCCCCGGACACGCAGGACAGCGCCUCAUCUCCGUACUCCGACCCCUCCCCUCCUCCCUCGCACUACUCCACUCCCCUCCAGCCCUCCACCCCGCCCUUCUCCAACGGCUGGGGGUCGGCCAUCUCAAACGGGCCUCCGUGCCUGCCGCCCCUCUCCCACUUGGACAACAACAAUGUGGCCGUAAGUCACCCGCUGGGAUGGAGCACCCCGACCGCAACUGCCGCCACCGCGACCAACAACAACGGCUACCACUCCCCGCCCGGCGGCCCCGCCGCCGCCGGCUUGUCCCCGUUCGGCUCCGGCAGCGGCUCUCCGGACCAGGAGGAGGUGGUCUCCUGUCCCGGCUGCUGCCUCGCCGGCCUGCGCUUCCCCUCCAUCUGCCUCCGAGCGCCGCCGCGCAGGAACCCCUACAAGAACCUGAACGGGGACCACGCGGCCUCCCAAGGGCUGCUCAGUCCGGGACCAAAGGGCCUGCCGCCUUCGCCCACCCCCACGACCACCACCACCAGCCUGGAGCCGGCGCUCACCCUGCCGGGGGCGCAGACAUAAGUCGUCGCCCCCCCCCCCCCCCCCCCCCCCAACUUCUCGACACCAAAGACACGUGGUGGGAGACUCUGCACCUCCCUGGAAAUGAAGUGGGUCCUCUCCAAAUUUUGCACAGAUUUCAACAAAGCAAUACUCUGCUCAUUUUCGAGACACCCAUUUUUUUUUGGUGCAGAGACGUCUUGGUGAGCGUCCAGAUUGCGUUUCCUAAAACACACCCCGGACCCUGGAACUGGCCGUGAGCGCUCUGGGACUUUGCUGGUGACUCUUCUGUUUUUGCCUGUUUGUUUGGUUUGGUUCUUGUGUGUGUGUCGCCCUCUGCUGGGCUGAGGGCGUCAGCUGUGCCUGCGUAUAUCCUGUAUCUGACUGACGGACCAUCGGCGGCGUCCGGAGCCGAUCAGCAUGUGAACACUCCAGCUCGGGGGCCCGGUCCAUUUAGAUCCUGUAUAUUUUUUUUGGCGGAUGUAAAAGAUUGUUAUAACUGAUAAUAUUUCUGAAGAUGAUGUUGACGCUGAAAUGAGGAAUGUUAAGCUUAGUAUUAUUAUUAUUAUUAUUAUUACUGUUGCAAUGAUUUUCGAUGUUUGGUGCUGUUGCUGAAUGAACAGGCAGUUUUUGCUUUUGUGUCUUUAAUUAUCAAGAGUAUAGUGCACUGCCGAGGUGUGUGUGUGUGUGUGUGCAUGUGCGUGCGCGUGUGUGAGAAAGAGUGAGCUGUGCACUUAUUCUUAUGACUCCUUCUGUUGCUGUAUGAUCCGUCGGCCCCUCUGGUUGGUUGCCUGGUUAAAAGCACUUAAACUGUAUUACUGUUGUCGAUGAGGAAGCUGUUGAUGAUGUCAUUAUUACUUUUGGGAAUGAACGGUCGAAGAUCUGCUUUACGAGAUGUACAGAUUAUUAUUUAAAAUAUGGCAUUGAAUAAAAAGAUAGAAUGUA